AUGGCUAUCUCCAGUGGAGAGGUGAAGGGAAGGUGGUGUAGUGGGCUGAUAGGAUGGGUUAUAAAAUGCUUUGCCAUAAAACUGAGAAAUUUGGGUUGUAUUCGUUUGUUCUUGGUGUUUUCCCCAGUGGCGUGGGAUGAAAUAUUGAGUUUCUUCCUCCCACAAGGACAGAACCAAUUUUCUGCAAGAAUUUCUGCAGAAAAACCCUCUUUUCCUCGCCGUAACCAUCUCCUCAGAUUAAACAAGGUAGAAGAGAUGGAUGGAAAUCACCAGCCCCAGAAGUUUUUUGGAGCAAAGCUAGAUGUAGCUGAAAUAAGGAAGCAGUCCUUUGGGGUGAAUAAUGUGCCAUCAUCAUGGAAAGGGGGCUCAACAAAGCCAUCACCAGCACAGAAUCACUGCCUUUGCUCGCCGACCACCCACCGUGGAUCUUUCCGAUGCCGCCAUCACCGAAAUUCCGGUGCUAGUCAGAACAGUGGAGUCGAUGGCUCCAACUAAUUACUUGAUGUGACAUUUCUCGUUUGUAAGAUGGCAUGUGCAGACAUUGCUUGAGUGUAUGAUAUUAGACAUUAAUAAUAAUAAUAAUAAUAAUAAUAAUAAUAAUAAGUUAGAUCUUGUUUGUUGUCCACGAUUAUUUGGACAAACGUAAACUCCAGGGAAAAGAAUCUAUGGUUGUCCUUUGAGUUUCAAAGAGAACUUUAGAUAUCUUAUGUCUCCAUAUAUGUAUUUAAUUAUAUAUUAAGAAUAAAUGUGUGUCAUUCUUGUGCCA